AUGGAAAAGAAGGAAAAAAUCAUAGUUUUAGUGGUUGUUUCGCUUUCGCUCAUCCUUGUAGCGGGGGUUGCCACCGGGGUCAUCAUGGUCGUUAAUAACAAAAAAAGCAAUGGCGCUGAAGUGCAAAACACUAAAGAAAGAUUCACAAGUCUCAUGUGCCGCAACACACAAGAGGAUCAAAACCUCUGUCGCGAGGUUCUAAGCCAAGUUGAUGGUUCCUCUUCUUCCGACCCGAAAGCAUACAUCGACGCUGCCGUGAACGAUAUCAGAGACGGUGUCACCACCGCCCUAAAGAUGAUGACAACUGAGGAGGAGUUCUCCAAAGAUAACAACGGAAUCAAGAUGGCCAUUGAUGGUUGCAAAGAAGUCAUGGAGUCCGCAUUGAGCACCCUUGACCUUUUCAGCAACGUGCUUCGCAGUAAUCACGACAUUAACUUCGUGCAAACGCAAAGCCCCGACCUCAGAAACUGGCUUAGCACUGUUAUCUCAUAUCAGCAAUCUUGUGUUGACAUUUUUGAGGAUCAAAAUGAAGGAGAGAGAAAAAUCAAAGAACAACUACAAAGCAAGAGUUUGGAUCGUGUUGAGAAGGUUUCCAUCAUAACUCUCGAUAUUGUUACUGGUUUGGCUAAAAUCAUUGAAGAUCUUGGUCUGCAUGUGGAAAUAAAACCCAUUGCUUCUUUUGGGCGUGUUCUUCGCGAAGAGGUUGAUAACGAGGGGUUUCCCGAUUGGUUUUCCUCUUCAGAUCGCAAGCUGUUGGUGAAGGAUGUGAAGUUUCAUAUCCCAAAUGUAGUGGUUGCUAAAGAUGGUAGUGGAAACUUUAGGACGGUUCAGGAUGCAAUUAACUCGUAUCCAAAGGCAAAGAAUUUUCAGGGAAGGUACAUUAUCUAUGUUAAGGCGGGGAUCUAUAAGGAGAAUUGUACGGUUCCAUCUCAUGCAAUGAACGUUUUCAUGUAUGGAGAUGGCCCUACUAAGACCAUUAUAACUGCUAGUAUGAGCAAUGUCACCCACAACCUCAAGACCAUGUUUACUGCCACUUUCGUGAAUAAAGCGGGAAUGUUUCUUGCGAAGGACAUGAGAUUCGAGAACGCAGCUGGUGCAGAAGGACACCAAGCAGUUGCACUCAGAAAUGUGGGAGAUUUUUCAGCUUUCUAUAACUGCCACAUACAUGGUUAUCAAGACACCUUAUAUGUUCAAGCCAACAGACAAUUCUAUCGCAACUGUGAAAUCGCUGGGACAGUUGACUUUAUUUUCGGUACAUCUCCCGCUGUGAUCCAAAGAAGCAAGCUCAUUGUGAGAAAGCCCUUGCCAACUCAGUUCAAUGUGUUGAUCGCAGAUGGCACCGUCCAGAGGAACAUGACUACUGGCAUUGUGAUUCAGGGAUGCCAGAUUGUUCCAGAUCCAAUGUUUGACCCUGUCAAGUACCAAAUGAAGACUUAUUUGGGUAGGCCAUGGAAGGAAGGAUCGAGAGUAGUAAUCAUGGAAUCAUAUCUGGGUGACUGGAUUAAUCUGGAAGGGUGGGCCCCUCAUGAUGGCAAUGAAAUGAAAGGCUUCUUAGAUAUUUGUGAGUAUGGAAAUACCGGACCUGCUGCUUUAGUUCAUGGAAGAAUUAAGUGGAAAGGGUAUCGUGGUAUGAUAACUAAGAAUGAAGCCAUGCGAUUCACUGUUGCUGAAUUCCUCAAGGGUGGACCUAACAAUGGUGCUGACAGAUGGUUGAACGCUCUUGGUGUUCCUUUUGACAGUGAUUUUCUAAGACCAUAA